AUGGCUAUGGAAUGUUUCCAUUGCGCUGAGGCUUUGUCACCCAUCCAGAGCGGCUCUACAAAGGGAGGGCUCCGCCGGAAGCGCUGGGCGGACUUGAACUCUGAUGAUGAGCAGGAUGCAAUCUCGCAUUGGGUAUCAGCGAAGCAGGAGCAAAGUGAAGCGCCAGAGACCUCGGCCCCUGCUGCGUGUUCGCUCUUGCAGUGGGAUCCCGUGGGCAUCUCGCAGCAGCCCUCCAUCUCGGUUGAUUCCCAACGGGUCUCAGACACCGGGAAAGAUGGCGGAGACUGCCAUGAUGCUCCAGGGCUUCCGGAAAACUAUGAUACAUGGUCUUCGAGCACCAGGGCUGUGUCCUGGGAGAACGGAUCGGAGACGGAUGUGAUUGAGGACCUGUCGCCCUUGGGAGCCUCCAGCCUUGCGGCACAGCCGGGUUCGAGCCCUCGUGUUCUUCUCUCCACGGUGCCGACUGCCGGAACGCCUAAGCAAAAGGAACCAGCUGCCCCUGUCGCCGUGGCGCAGGUGCAUCCAGGAAUGACGACCCCUGCCAUAUUUGUAGCAGUGCCGGCGCCAUCGUUUGCAGUGCCGAUGGGUUUUUCACCAAUGCAGCGCUAUCCCGGCUACCCCAUGUUGCUGCAGGGUCCAGCCCCGCACGCAUGGAGUGGUCUGGACAAGCAGAUCCAGGCUCAAGGCUUCUCGCCGCUUGGAAGACCGCCUUUUGGCCGCCAGCAUCGGUUUCACAAGAAAAGCACGAGCAUGGGCGAGUUGGAUGCCGAUGGCCGCACGUUCACACAUGGGAACAACAAGGGCCGUCUUAGCAUCAUCUGCGAGCGCCGGAUCCACUUCCAGGGCAUCGAACGCUAUGCCGUGCAGUUCGUAGACGGCGAACUCUGCAGCGCGGAUGGCGUUGGCUACGUCAUCAGCUGCGACCUCCCCUGCACGAAGAAGUGGAAAGGUGCUCGCAGCAAGUACGGCAGCUGGAGGUCGGGGACUGGCUGGAGGUCACCGCCGACUUAUGGUCUCAGACUGUGA